AUGGCAGUCAACAACAACAACAACAACAACAACAACAAUGAUACUGCAACAUAUUGCAGAGGUCCAAUGCCUUCGCUAUCGAGCGUUUAUAAGCAAAUGUGGCCUUCGAAGCCGGGUUUUACGGAGAAGGAUGUGCCGGAUUUGCAGGGCAAAGUCUACAUUGUCACAGGCGGAAGUAGUGGAGUAGGAAAAGAAGUAGUUCGCAUACUCCAUUCCAAGAAUGCCACCGUCUACAUCGGUGCGCGAUCCGAGGAACGCGCUGCACAAGCCAUCAAAGAGAUACAAAAAACCAGCUCUCCAACUUCCCAAGGCACCCUCCAUUUCCUCCCCAUGGACUUUGCCGAUUUAACCACCCUCCCCGCCGCAGUGAAGCACUUCCUCAGUCGAGAAAAGAAAUUACAUGUCCUCUUCAACAACGCCGCCAUCCAAUCCGCCAGCAACUCCCUCAAAACAACCCAAGGAUACGAAAUCCAUUUCGGCGUAAACGUCCUCGCUCCAUUCCUCCUCACCAAUCUCCUAACCCCGACCCUCCAAUCCACAGCCCAAUCAAACCCCUCCUCCUCCUCCGAGGAGGAUAACGAUGUCCGCGUCGUAUGGACCUGCUCCCUCUCAGUAGAACUCCUCGGUGAAGCCCACACUGKAAUCUCCAAAUCCUACCUCUCCUACUACCCCACAAUCUCCCCCUUACAAAGAUACGGCAUCUCCAAAGCAGCCUCCUACCUGCACGCCACAGAAUUCGCCCGCCUCAACCCUUCGAUAACAAGUAUCCCCGUGAACCCGGGCCACUUGGCAUCAAACCUCUAUCGCGAACAACCGAAAUUCCUACAAGCGGUGUUGAAUCGCACAAUCUUGUAUCCUGCCAUCUAUGGCGCUUACACGGAACUCGCGGCGGGCGUGGAUUGUAGAGUUAAGAGGGAGGAUAGUGGACGCUGGAUGAUUCCUUGGGGGAAAUGGGGGGUUAUUAGGGAGGAUUUGGGGGUUGCUGGGAGGGCGAGGGGGGAUCAGGGGGGAAAUGGACAUGCGGGGGAAUUUUGGGAGUGGUGUUUGGAGCUGGUCGCUGCGUAUUUGUGA